CUAUUUCCCCGUGCUCAUUGCUUCAUUCAAAAUGAUUUGCAGAGAAGAAAAAUUGGCGUUUCUGUAAACGUUAAUUUUGGUUUUUCUCCUGUGUUUUAAGUAGAGAGACCUUUUGUUUGAAAAGGUUUUUCAGCUUUCAGUUAAAGAAAUAGCGUUAAAAAACUAAAAUCCAGGCUUUCUUAUUCCUAGUUUUUUACUCGUUUUAAGAAGAAGCCGUGUUGGGAGUUUCUAUGCAAAAAGACAAUGGAGUUUGCUGAAUUUGGCCCAAGUGUUGGCAUGCCUUUACAUCAUAAUUUCUCUUAAAUAGCCCACGAAAAAUCUUGCGGGUCAUUAGAACAUUAUCAAAGCACCUGAAACAAGAGAAAUGGAGGCAGAGGGGAAGAAGAGUUUGGGAUGCUUAUUGGGUUAUUAUGGAAAGAUUUUGUUUUGCUUUUUUGGUGUUCAUGGGUUCAUAUUGAGUGGACGUGUAUUGGGUUUUGAGGAUUGGAAUCAAACAGAGUCUUCAAUGUACAGUACAGAUGUGUUUAGUUUUGAUCAUUGGAACCUGAGUGAGGCUUCACUCUACAGUUAUGCGAGUGCCCCAAAUCCUCUAAUGGUGGGCUUAACCCUGAUUUUUGGAGCUAAGGCUAGAGGAGCUGUAUGUCUCGAUGGUACCCUACCAGGGUAUCAUUUACACCGUGGGUUUGGUUCUGGGACAAACAGUUGGCUCAUCCAGUUGGAGGGGGGUGGUUGGUGCAACAACCUCAGAACUUGUGUCUAUCGCAAAACAACUCGCCGUGGUUCAUCGAUUUACAUGGAGAAACAAAUCCCAUUUACCGGAAUACUGAGCAAUAAAGCUAAUGAAAACCCAGACUUCUUCAAUUGGAACCGAGUCAAGGUUCGCUACUGUGAUGGUGCAUCCUUUAGUGGAGAAGGUGAAAAUCAGGCUGCAAAUCUUAUUUUUCGUGGGCAACGUAUCUUUGAAACUGCUGUGGAAGAACUAAUGGCAAAGGGAAUGCGUUAUGCCAAUCAGGCUCUUCUUUCUGGUUGCUCUGCAGGGGGGUUGGCAUCCAUCAUACAUUGUGACGAGUUUCGAGAUCUUAUGCCAAGGAAUACUAAAGUGAAAUGCCUUAGUGAUGCUGGACUAUUUCUUGACGCGGUGGAUAUAUCUGGGGGUCAUUUCUUGCAAUCUUUCUUCCAUGGAGUGGUAACAUUGCAGGAUGUACAGAAGAGUUUGCCUUUCCAUUGCACCUCACGAUUGGAUCCAACAUCGUGUUUUUUCCCACAGAACCUGAUAUCGAACAUACGGACCCCGCUUUUCAUUUUGAAUGCAGCGUAUGAUUCAUGGCAGGUUGUAGAUAGUCUGGCCCCACCAUCUGUUGAUCCUCAAGGUAAAUGGCGUGCAUGCAAACAAAAUCCAGAAAAUUGUGAUGCAUCUCAGAUCCAGUUUCUUCAAGGUUUCAGGACGCACAUGCUGAAUUCCCUUAGAAGCUUCAUUCAGAAAGCUGAAAAUGGAUUAUUUUUGAAUUCAUGUUUUGCUCAUUGCCAAACCGAGAGGCAGGAUACAUGGUUUGCAGAUGACUCUCCACAUAUUGGUGGCAAGGGAAUUGCAAAAGCUGUGGGAGACUGGUAUCAUGAUCGUUAUGCUGAUAGCAAGACAAUCGACUGUGCAUACCCUUGUGAUAAAAGUUGCCAUAACUUAAUUUUCAAGUGACAUUUCUUGUUUCACAUUCCAAUUAUUUAUCAUUAGCUUUCCUCAAUUAUACAGUAAGCCUAUGAAAUCUACAUUUACUGGAAGAGGAUCGAGAAAUAAAUCUUAAGCUUGCAGAGAAGGACCUGUAAGCUCGUCAUUUGCAGAGACGAUUUUAUGGCGUGCACAAUCAUGUGCUGAUUCUGCCAGAUUUUUAUAUGUUUGGUUCUCUCACAAAAUCUAAUUAAUCAAAUAUUCUUGGGAAUCUUGUUUUGAAAUUCAUGGAAAGGAGGUUUCAUUGUAAGGAUUGGAAAGGUGCAAUAUAGACAAGCAUGGAGCUACAUUUUUAUGAUGCUUUA